CGUACCAUCGCCAACGAACGGGCCAUCUCUAGCUAAAAUUUCAUAUUAUUUAAAAAACGCUUAAAAUCUGAAUAAAGGCUUCCCGAUCGGCUGACGGAUAAGGAUUUGCCAUGUCCACCGAUCCCGACCAAAUGGCUGGCGAGAGUAGCCAGUGCGCCGAUUCCGAUGCCCAGGAGUCCGCGAACAAGGAGUCUUCCGCUGACGAGGGCCACCCAGUUGAUCCUGUGGCCCAUCCCCCAAAUCCUUUCGCUUCCCCCUGCUCCCGCGAAAAGCCAAAGGAGUCCACGGACACGGACAUGGACAUAGACAAUGAUCUGACCACCGACGAGCGGAUGCCCACGGUGGACGAACUGGAGCAGCCGAAGCAGCCAAAACCGAAGCCACCAGAGGUGAAAAAUGAGCAGGAGCCGGAACAGGAGGCGGAUCAGGAGCAGAAGCCAGUAGAACCAUUGCCCAUCCAACCGCCCAGUCCACCGGUGUCGGCGACCAUUAAAAUCGAAGAGGAGGACAAGCCAUUAAAGCUACCAUCAACACAAAUCCAAGAGGAAAUCGCACCCAGUUCGCCGGAGGCACCGCCAAAUCCCAUCCAGCAGCGUCCGGCGGGCAAGAUUACUCGCAGCAGCCUGAAUGGCAGUCAGGGGGGCAGCCAGGUGACCACCACCAACCGAACGCCAACCAUUAUGAAGCGUCUGCGGAAGAGCACACGCUUCAAGGCCAAGCAAACGGGCAAGGGAAAUCCCGGGGGCAGCAAUAGCCAGUCGAAUGGCCACAACAACGGGCCGAAUGGUUCCACCGGUAGCUCCACACAUCUCGCCAGUGCCGGCGCCCAUCCCAGCAACACCAACAAACAUGGCAAAUCCGGGCCAGCUGGUCCGGGCGGAAUCACCGGAGCCCGGAAUCGUCGCUCGCUGUUCAAGAGGCCAGCGCAGAAGACGCCAAAGGUGCAGGCCAGCACCAAAUAUGUGGAGAGUUUGUUCUACAAAGGCAGCUACAUGCAAAUCGGGGACAUCGUCAGCAUUGUGGAUGAGGAUCAGAAUCUGUUCUAUGCCCAAAUACGCGGACUGCUCGUGGACGCCUAUUGCGAGAAGUCCGCCUUCCUCACCUGGCUGAUUCCAACGCAGGAUAGCCCGGAUCCCCAGGAGGGAUUCGAUCCGGCCACCUACCUAAUUGGACCCGAUGAGGAGCUAUCCAGAAAGCUCUCCUAUCUGGAGUUCGUGAUGCACGCGCCCAGCAAUUACUACUUCGAUCGGAGCACACCAUUUCCCCUGCCGGAUGUGGACGAGUAUACCGCGCAGAGAUCGGGCGGAUAUAUCUGGACGCGACUGCCGGUGGUGAAGCGGGAAAAGGGGAGCGGACACAAAACGGGUGGGCCCUCCUAGCAGGAAAGGCGGCCAAAGCCCAAGAGCAACCAGAAGAAAAAGGCCAAAACCAGAGUCCUGAACUUGAAUAAUCUAAUUUAUUGAGUGGAAAAAAUAUAAAAAUGUGUCUGAAGAAAAUAAAUGUUUCAUUUUAAUA